AUGACUGACCUCCCUUCAACCCCACAACAGUACCAUCAAAGAGGGAACUUCAACAUUGGAGUAAUCUCUUCCCAGUUCGUUUGUAUAGUUGAUAAAAUAUCCUUCAAAGAACGGCCUGGAACAACAUUUGUUGCUGAAAUUGUUUCAACACCCAAGAACUACCAACAUGUAUUGUCCUUGGCAUUUGCUGUGAAGGAGAUCAAUGAGAACCCAAUUAUUCUGCCAAAUGUCAGCCUUGGCUUCCACAUCUUUGACAGUUACACAAAUGCAAAGAUAACCCAUCAAAACACCCUGAAACUUCUGUCUGUCUCAGAAAAGAUUGUCCCCAACUUUAAAUGUGACAAGAAAAUGAAUAUGAUAGCUGUAAUUGGAGGCCUGGACUCUGAAAUUUCCUUUCACAUGGCAACAAUCUUAAGCAUCUACAAGAUUCCACAGAUUUCCUAUAGUAUAUUAGCUCCCAUAGGGGAUGUUAGAACCCAGCUACCUGCUUUCUACCGGAUGGUUCCAAAUGAAAAUUAUCAAUUUAUUGGACUUGUCCAACUACUGAAAUAUUUCCAGUGGACGUGGAUUGGAGUCAUUGUCUCUGACAAUGAGAUUGGAGAAAAGUUUGGACAGACUGUGAUACCAAUGCUUUCUCACCAUGGAGUCUGUGUUGGUUUCCAUGAGAGAACGCCAUCGUUAUCUCAAGUUAUGGAGAUAGUGGGAUCCUUUGAGACCCUCCAAGCCAAGAUCAAUUCCUUGACCAAUCCCGAAAUCAAAGUAAUUGUUGUAAACGCUGAGCCUCAGACUACAACAUGGUUAAAAUGGUUCCUAUAUUUCUAUUCGAUGCUUGAAAAUAUUUCAGAGAAUCUUUUGGGGAAAGUGUGGAUUAUGACAGCCCAAUGGGACUUCUCAGCAGAAACCAUGCACAGGGCUUUUGACAUAGAGCCAUUUUGCGGUACCUUGUCUUUUGCUAUUCACGCCAAUGAAGUGGUGGAGUUUCCAGAAUUCUUACAAAGGCUACAUCCUGGCACAGAGACAGGGAAUGCUUUUUUCAGAAUGUUCUGGGAACAGGCAUUCAACUGCUUGUGGGCCAGUUCACAUGAAGAUAAAAAUAACUGCACAGGAGAAGAAAAACUAGAAAGCCUCCCUGCGACUCUCUUUGAAAUGAGCAUGACUGAUAAAAGCUACAGCAUCUAUAAUGCAGUCCACGCAAUAGCACAUGCUUUAGACAACAUGUUUAAGUCGAAGGCCAACAGAGUGAUGGGCAACAGUAGACUAUGUCCUCCAAAUGUGCAACCCUGGCAGUUUCACUCUUUCCUGAAAAGUAUCUCAUUCAACAACAGUGCCGGGGAAUUGGUGUCGUUUGAUGAGAAUGGUGAAUUAGUGGCCGGCUUUGAUAUUAUCAACUGGAUUACUUUCCCAAACCAAUCCAUUGUAAAAGUGAAAGUGGGAAGUAUUUUACCGAGUCAAGAGUUCACCCUUAACAAAGAUGCCAUCUCAUGGCACAGAACAUUUAAUCAGGUGCUGCCCAUUGCACAGUGUAAUGACAACUGCCACCCAGGUUACAGAAGGAAAAAGAAGGAGGGGAAGCCUUUUUGUUGCUAUGAUUGUGUUCCAUGUGCAGAUGGAAAGAUCUCGAACCAGAAGGACAUGGAUGAUUGUUUCAAAUGCCAAGAAGGUCAGUAUCCGAAUCAGAACAAGGAUCAAUGCCUUCCCAAGGUUCUAAACUUCCUCUCUUUCUCAGAACCUUUGGGGAUUAUGUUAGCUUUUCUGUCUCUGUCUUUUUCUCUGAUCACAGCUUCCGUGCUAGGAAUUUUCAUCAAACACAAGGACACUCCCAUCGUCAAAGCCAACAAUCGGGAUCUCACUUAUUCUUUGCUCAUCUGUCUUUUGCUCUGCUUCCUCUGUACCUUGUUAUUCAUAGGACUGCCUCAAACAUUGACCUGUUAUUUACAGCAAACUGCUUUUGGGAUUAUUUUCUUGCUGGCUGUUUCCUGUGUAUUAGCAAAAACCAUCAAUGUUAUUGUUGCUUUCAUGGCCAACAAGCCAGGUUCCAGGAUGAGAAACUGUUUAGGGAAAAGACUGACCAACUCUAUACUUUUAUGCUGUUCCCUUAUUCAAAUAAUCAUUUACGCAGUAUGGCUAAGUAGUAACCCACCAUUUCCAGAUUUUGACCUAGAUUCCUUGGCUGAAGAAAUCAUAAUUGAGUGCAAUGAAGGUUCGGUCACAAUGUUUUCUUGUUCUCUGGGAUACCUGUUAUUUCUGGGCAUUGUCUGCUUUGUUGUGGCAUUCCUAGCCAGGAAACUGCCGGAUACUUUCAAUGAAGCCAAGCUUAUCACUUUCAGCAUGUUGGUGUUUUGCAGUGUUUGUUUGUCUUUUAUUCCAGUUUAUUUGAGUACGAAGGGGAAAUACCUGGUAGCUGUGGAGGUGGUCUAUAUUUUAGCUUCUGGUGCUGGGCUACUUGGCUGUAUCUUUUUCCCCAAAUGCUAUAUCAUUAUUGUGAAACCUGAAUUGAACUCUAAGGACCAACUAAUUAGAAGAAAAUAG